AUGGCAACAAGGAGUAGAACAACAACUCAAUGGAAGGAGAAGAGUACUUCACCUGCCACAUCAAAUCCAACCAGAACUAGCCGGCAACCCACCGGUAUCUCCACCUCCACCCGCAACGCCACCUCCAAACCCUCCAUUGAUAAAGAAAAAACAAAGCCUGAGAAACCUAUCCCCCACUAUCUCAAGUCUACCGCUUCCUCACGCAAUGAAUCUUUUAAGUCUGUUAAGAAAAAUAACACCCAAGAACAGGAUGAUCAGAAGCUUCUCAGGAGAAGAUCUUUUGACAUCAGGCAGCUUGCUUCAUCUUCUUCCAAAACCCAGAAAGAACUCGUCUCUCCAGCUCGUCGAGAGAGCAUAGGGCCAGUGGUUCGUGAGUCGAAAUUUACUAGAACAAACUCUGCUACCCCAAAAAUGGGGUUGGAUAGUCGGAAUUCGACUUCAUCCAGAACGGCCAAAGGCGGCGCUGCUGCGAAAUCUCAACCACUUCGUUCAAGAAGAGUUAAGAAGAGCGCAGCCGCAGCUAAAAGCAAUGUGUCUCCUUCCGUGGAUGAACAUGCAAGUAGUAAAGAAGAAAAUAAGGAAUCUGGGGUUCAUGAAGUUGAAGAGAAGGAUAAUGCUGAGAGAGAGGUGGGUGUGCUUGUGGAUGAUAAUAAACCUGGAGAUACUGAAGCUAAAAACAAUGAAGAGGAUGAUGAAGACAAGUCUUAUCAUGACAUUUCUACAGUUUCAGAAUCUGAAAAUCUGGUUCAACCUGAAGCAGCAGCUUCUGAAAUUGAAGAAACGGCGAAGGAAGAAGAGAAAGCAGAUGAAGUGGGUGAUGUUCCAGGACAAGAAACAUCAAAAGAAGAAGCAAGAGAGGUGGAAGAAAGUACGGUUUUUCCGGAAGAGAAUGCUGUUACUGAAAACGUUGAAGAUCAGAAAGUAGUAGAUGACAAGAAUAAUGAGACUGAGAAAAGUAAUACAAGUGAAGAAGCUGCUGGAGAUCAACAGAAGGAGCAGCAAGGUGAAGAAGAACAACAAGUACAGGAGGGAAAUGAUGAUCAUGACGAUCAUGAUGAUGAAAAAACAAAAACAAAGCAAGAGAAAGCUCCAGCAAAUUUGGUGAAUACAUUAAAGAGACAGGAACAGGGACAAGGGAAGAGGGAAUCACCACCUGCAUACAAUGAUGUCAUUGAAGAGACUGCAAGUAAGUUACUGGAGAAGAAGAAUAACAAAGUGAAGGCACUAGUGGGGGCAUUUCAGACUGUGAUUGAUUACGAGUCUGCAUCAACACCAAAAUGA